UCUGUCAGGCGCUGUACGUUCGUUUCUCCGUCCGGCGUUAUGAGGCUGAUCGUGGUGGCCGUGGUGUGCGCCGUGGGCAUGGCUCGGCCGAAGGUGCCCAGCAAAUCGCAGCUGAUCUACGUGCCCGAGUACCAGCCUGAGAACGCGAAGGAGGCGGCCGAGGCCCCGCCCCGCCAGGACUACGAGAGGACGCCGGCGCCCCUUCCUCAGCAGCACCAGCAGGAUCCUUCGCCGUCCAAGUCCGCCCCCGAGAUCGUGCCCAUCCUGAAGGACCUGAGGGCGUCCCCCGAGCGAGGCGUCUACAACAUGGCCAUCGAGACGGGCAACGGCAUCAAGGUGCUGCAGCAGGUGGCGGGGAACCACGAGGGAUCCAAGACCAAGGGCGCCUACUACUUCACCCACCCUGACGGCACGGUGCACAAGGUGACGUACGUGGCCGACGAGAACGGCUUCCGCCCGUCGUCGGACCUCCUCCCGGUGGCCCCCAAGAACCCUCACCCCAUCCCCCCCCAUGCCCUCGCCCAGAUCGAGAAGGCGCGGAUCGAGGACGAGCUCAGGCAGAUCGAGGGCGAGCGUCAGUACGAGGCUCGAGAGCAAGAGUACGAGGAGUAUGUUGCGCCGGAAGAGGGUCGUUUCGAGGAGCAGUACGAGGUGCAGGGGACGCCGCAGACCCUCGAAGUCCAAGAUGAGUUUGAGUACGAGGAGGCCGCGGAGCACCAGUACGCCGGCGAGGCUUCGGAGAACUUCCCCGUGCAGUACGACCCCGAGGCGGCCGGCCAGGGGCCUCAGGAGACCCUGUAUUACCCAGUCCUUCCUCAGGAACAGGACCACUUCCCCGAGCAGGUCCCCGUGGCCGUACCCUCCGCCCAGCCGCAGGAGCAGGAGGUCAUUCAGAUCAACGACGUCCCCAUCUACAUCCCGGAGGAGUACCGCGACGCCCACGAGGACGUGCCCUUCACCGCCCACCUCGUCCCGACGCCCGCGCACGAGGAGGAGGUCGCCGCCACCCCGAUCGAAGGGGCGGACGAGGAGUACCUGCAGCCCCGGGAAGCAUCAGAGGGCAUCCCUCUAGGGCCACUGGAAUCCGAGGCCCUCAGAUCUGAACCUCUCCAAGCCACCCUUCACGCCCAGGCCGAGUCGGAGCCCGAUGCGCAGCCUGAGCCCCAGCCAGAACCUGAACCCGAGCCUGAACCCCUCGCGGAAGAGCGCAGCGCUGACGAAGGCGAAGAAGAGGAAGGGUACGACAUUCCCCACCAGGCGGCCUCCACUCUGAUGGCUGCCGUCAGCGCCGCUCAGCCCCAUGCCCAGUAGAAGCAGCAGGAAGGGCCCGCCGCUGUUACUCUGGCGGAGAGACUGCACAAGCAAUUCGUUUUUCAGAAAUCCACACGCGUACAUAUACACACACAUGCACGUAUACACUGGCACAAAGACAUGCACACACACACACACAUACAGGCACACGCACACAUACACAUAAGCACAUACAGACACAAACACACAAACAUAGAUAUACAGAUAUAGAUACACAGACAUAGAAACACACACACACACGCACACACACACACACACACACACACACAUACACAGACACGCAGACACACACACACACACACACACACACACACACACACACACACACACAUACACACACACGCAGACACACACACACACACACAUACACACACACUCACACACACACACACAUGCACAGACCUCACACGCGAACACACACAUAACCAUGCACACAUAAACACAUUCAGACCCAGACACACACACAUAUAGUCACACACAGACAAUGACGCAAACACACACACACGCACACACACACACACACACACACACACACACACACACACACACACACACACACACACACAAAAGCACGCAGGCAGGUCAUUCCAUAUAUUUCAACUUUACAUCGUAUUUGACCCCCCAAAUCAUCACAUUCAAACACUACACAAUUCCACACAUAUUGAAUAUCAGAAAUAUCACAACAUAUCUACAUUUACUCAAUCAUCAGCUAAGCAUUGAACAAAUUCAUCUCUUCAAGCAACACAUUAUUUACAAGGAAACCAACCUUCAUUGAAGUCAGAUUUGAACUCCAUUCAUUUCUCGUUAUAUAUUCUGAUCUAAACUAGCAACACCCUACACAUCAAAUACACUUCUUAUCAUACCACAAAUGCCCCGGAAGCAUACAGGAAGACAAGCAUGCACAGCCUUAUACAUUUUAGAGGUUGAACAUAUCUCAAUUACUCGCUUUAACAUACAUUUCAUAUCACACACAAGGACACUUACACAUCUAUCAAUAACACACUGCCAGAUCUUACAGUACACUAUUCAUGAAAUUCACUCACACCAUUCCCUUGAAAUAGUUUUUGAUAUUUUCAUUAUCACAGCUCCGGCGAAUACCCCAUUAUCAAUUCAUUUUUGUUAGUGUAAGCCAGCUCUCGAAUGGGCGAGUAGAUACUCUGAGAACUCAACACUUGGAUCUGGGAGAAGAAGUAUAUCACGUGGUUUAGGAAGACCAGGUAAGGCGUUCUCAACUCACGCCUCACACUUUGAGAGGAUUUUACUCUGCAGUAGGAAGAGAUCGACUCCUGUAACACGUAAGAUAUAUCGUAGGUCUUGUACACGGAAACUACCAUUUGGGAAAAAGUCACAUCCCCUACAGUACCAUACAGCACCCGAAAUGCACAUUUAGACACCUAAAUUCGAUCAUAGCUACACUACACUCAAGUUCCGACCCAAAUAUCUACAAAAAUACACAUCACAGUCAACGCAAAAGAUCUCAACAGAAUCCCGAAAUCGUCGAGUCUCGAGCGCUACGAUUCUUGCAAAUUCACCCAGCUGGCUCGUCCUCUACCCCCCCCCCCCCCCACACACGCCCCAUUCACACCCGAGACCGACAUUAAAAACCGUCUCUGCAUCUCUUCAGAUUCCCCCCGUGCCAUAGAUUAAAUUCGUUACGAAGUAUGUCCCCACCGGUCGCCUGUUAACAACUACUGUUCCUUGGUUAACACUACAUUAGUUUCGUUUCUGUAUUCGUUCAGUCACAGCUGUUCAAGUCCGCGUGUACGCAGCUGUUCGAUCACACCUGCUGCACCAAUAGACCCCCAGUGUUGCACCUAGAAUCAGUUAGAUUUAUGCCUUUCAAGGGACGCACAGGUCGGGCUGUCUUCCCUGAGUUCCUUGGAGGAUAUUAACUCGAUCUUCUUCAUUCGUAGUUUUAGGGUAAAAUGUUUUUCGUGUUAUCAUCUUUGUUUUUCUUUUGAGUGAACUUGGUUGUUCUGAUGGCGCUGGUCGCCGUUAUUGAUGAUUUCGUUUUAGUGUAUAUAUAUAUUGUUUUGUGUAAAUAAUCAGUUAAAGAUGAGC